AUGUCCCGGUUCUCUUUCCCGGGCUUCGAGUCGUCGCUGCCGGCCGCCGCCGCCACCGCCCUCGUCCUGCUCCUGGGGCUGCUGUGGGAGCUGCUGCUCCUCCUCCGCCGCCGCCGCCGCCCGUCCCUCCUCCGGGAGGGCCGCCCCCGGCCGCCGCCGCCGGGCCCCCGCGGCUGGCCCCUGCUGGCGCGGCUCGGGGGGCUGCCGUGGGCGGGCCGGAGCCGCCCCGCCGCCCCGCCCCUGCAGCUGCUGCGGGAGCUGGGCGGCCGGUUCGGCAGCGUGUGGUCGCUGCGGCUGGGCCGGGCCCCGCCGCGCUUCGUGGUGCUGGCCGACUUCGCCGCCGUCAGCCGGGCCCUCCGAGAGCAGGCCCCGUUCUUCGCCGACAGGCCCCCGCUGCCCCUCAUCUCCAUCAUCACCCGAAGGAAAGGUAUCGUGUUUGCCCCUUACGGGCCGGUGUGGAAGCAGCAGCGCAAGUUCUCCCACUCGACCCUCCGUCACUUCGGCUUGGGCAAGCUCAGCCUGGAGCCCAAGAUCAUCGAGGAGUUCCAGCACGUGAAGGAGGAGAUGGAGAAGCACGGGGCCGGUCCCUUCAACCCGCUGCCGCUCAUCAACAACGCCGUCUCCAACAUCAUCUGCUCCCUGUGCUUCGGCCGGCGUUUCGAGUACACCAACAGCGAGUUUAAGAAGAUGCUGAGCCUCAUGUCUCGCGGGUUGGAGCUCAGCAUGAGCAAUCCGAUCCUGCUCGUCAACAUCUGGUCGUGGCUCUAUUAUCUCCCCUUCGGGCCUUUCAGGGAGCUGAGGCAGAUCGAGAAGGAUCUGACGGCCUUCCUGAAGAGGCUCAUCCGGGAGCAUCGGGAGAGCCUGGAUCGGACCGCGCCCCGGGAUUUCAUCGAUAUGUAUCUCCUGCAUAUGGAAGAGGAGCAGAAGAAGGACUGCAAUAGUAGCUUCAGUGAGGAAUACCUGUUUUAUAUCAUCGGCGACCUGUUCAUUGCCGGCACGGACACCACGACCAAUACCGUGCUGUGGUGUCUACUCUAUAUGUCCCUGAAUCCGGACGUCCAAGAAAAAGUCCACCAAGAGAUCGACAAGGUCAUCGGUCGGGACAGGGUCCCCACCCUGACCGACAAAGUCCACAUGCCCUUCACGGAGGCCACCAUCAUGGAGGUUCAGAGGUUGGCGGUCGUCGUCCCCCUUUCCAUCCCUCGCAUGACUACGGAGGAGACCGUGCUCCUGGGCUACACCAUCCCUAAGGGCACUGUGAUUUUGCCAAACUUAUGGUCCGUGCACAGAGACCCAGCCGUAUGGGAGGAACCAGAUACCUUCCUCCCCGAACGAUUUCUGGAUGAACAAGGACAACUGGUCAAAAAGGAAACCUUUAUUCCCUUCGGGCUAGGGAAGCGCGUGUGCAUGGGAGAGCAGCUGGCCAAAAUGGAAUUAUUCCUGAUGUUUACGUGCCUAAUGCAGAGUUUCACCUUUGCCUGGCCAGAGGGCUCAGAAAAGCCUUUCCUCUAUGGCAGAUUCGGUCUGACGUUAGCCCCACAUCCAUUUAACUUAAUCAUCUCAAAGAGAUGAUCCCUCCCAAGAAGAGAUGAUGAACUGAUUUUUUUUUUCUCUAACAGACCCUGCCUGAUUAUUACAUUAAACGCAACAGCCGUUGAGGUGUGAAAAGCUGUUUACGCACAGACAAGCUGGGACUGAGAUGGGAGAAGGAGUGUAGCAAAAAUGGAGCUAGAGGGGGACUCCUUGUACUGGAAGCCCAUCGGUCUCCUGGGGGACGGACCCGUUGGGUAAAUAAAUGUCCCGGUAUCCACUGGGGCCAUUUUAAGCCCACAGGAGCGUAACUUCCCUGAGGGAGGUGGGGGAACGGGUAUGGAUUUUACCCCUCGGUGUCAUGCCGCCGAGGAAGUGACCUUAGGCCAAGUCCGCUUCAUCCUUGAGGACCAGGUUGACUGGAAAAUAAAGCCAAAUCAGAAUUGUCCUGGCAGGGACACCUCUGUCACCCAUUUUUUUCCUGCCAGAUCUUCAGAUGAAGGUGGCAUUUCUGCCCUGUACAUGCACCUGAGGCAUUGGUCUGCAAGAUUGCAUAUUGGAGGAGGAGAAAGAGAAGAAGGCGGAGGGGAGAUAAUGCCCCUUGUGAUUAUGGGCCUUGAAAAAUGGGCAGUGUCCUUACCAAAUGUGUCCCCCCCCUUAGGACCCUUAGUCAUGUCUUUGUCCACCCCAUCCACGGCUGCAGUUCCCCCCUCCCGACCUGUUUGGGGACGGCGGGGACUUCUAGGACCAGCACAAAAAAUACUUUAACCAGUGAAGAGUGACAAUCUUAAAUUCGUAUUUUUGCUUUGCUUCUAAUUGUGAAUUCUUUCUCCUGGCAUUUCUGAAAUGCUCGCUUACACGCCUGGCAUUGAACUAGGUGCUGGACCGGCCCCACUCUCUAAAGAGCUUCAGGUGAGAAAGGUGGAAUUCAUUUUAUUUUUAACACAAGCAUCCUUUAAACAGGACAACGGCUAAUGAAAGGCCAGGUGAGGGUUGAGACAGCAAGCUGAAAAUGGGGAAGGUUAUAGUAAGUAGGGACAUGGAAAACACCGUCUGUCAGCCCAUUAUCCCGCUUAAUAAAAAGAGAUUAUGCAAGA